CUCCGCCUACACGAUAUGCUCCAGUGCAAGUCCCGCCUUCGACAGGCGAGAGAACUGCGUCUACGCUCUUCAGCUUGCGAAGUUGACGUUAGAAAUAUCUGCGUCCAAUCUCUUCGCAACCGCAAUAUGGCGGCGCCAGUCUCAAUUGAUGCAGCAGCCGGAGCGGGAGACUUUAGUUUAGUCCAGCAAUUGUUGGAAAGAGGAGAAGAUCCCAAUAAAAAGUCAAGAGAUGGCAUGACACCACUUGCCAUUGCAUCAUUCUGGGGUUAUGAUAACAUAGUUGGACUUCUUAUUCAAAAUGGAGCAGACAUAAAUGCCUCUAAUAGUGGAACCUUGUGGACCCCGCUUCACUGUGCAUCAUUUCAAGGCCAUGGCAAAGUAAUCAUGACAUUGAUGGAGCACAAUCCAGAUUUAUUUAAGCAAGAUUCUAGUGGAAGGACAGCAGUAGAUUUUGCCUCAGCACUAGAUUCAAUAUGGGCCUUUUUUGCCGCUGCUGGAUGCUCACGAACACCAAAGGCGGACUUGAUACAAAAAAAUAUUAUCAAAAAGGUUGAGACUGGGGAUCCACAGAAUCCAGUUCCAUACUUGAAAACAUUAUCCAGACCGGGUUCUGCUUAUGUGUUCAAUGAAAACUUUGCAAAUGAUAAGGUGGAUGAUAAAGUAAUUGCAUUUAAAAUGGGAGAUGUCCUAGCCAGGACAGAUGACAACCACACACAGCAGUAUAACAGAAACAUCACAACAGUGUGGAACUAUUGAUGUUGAAAGCAACCAGUGAUGAAUGACAAUACUAUUAAAAAAAAUACU